UUCUCCUCUCUUUCCGUGUUGCCCACCCUAUCCAGCGUCGAUAACAGUCGAAUCACGAUUCUAAUGGCAUCGUACAACUAUGUCGACCCUACGAAUUCAAAUCUGGUCUGUUGUAUAUGCAGAACCCCUUUCCUUGAUCCUGUUUCUACCCUAACAUGUGGCCAUACGUUCUGUCGGGCCUGCAUCGUAGAAGCUCUCCAGCAUUCCUCGCAAUGUCCGGUGGAUCGACUACCCUUGACAUUGGAGGAGGUAGUGUCUGCGAAUUCCAUUGUUAGAUCACUGGUCGACGAACUCGUCGUUGAAUGCCCCUCCCCCGAGUGCCCACACACCUGCCAGCGGCAGUUACUUGCAGGACAUCUCAGAGACUCGUGCUCUUAUGCUGAAGUACCUUGCCCCACUGGAGAAUGCGACCAACUCAUACCCCGGAAAGAUAUGGAAAGCCAUCGCUGUGGUCACACCCUUAUCACUUGUCAUGAAUGCGGAACCCAGCUCAGUUCCGAAGACUUCAAAGACCACGAAGCAGAAUGUUUACCCGUGUCAUUGGUCUGCGAUUUCUGUUCUGCUGAGUAUUCGCGUGAUCUACAGUCCUCGCACGCGGAGACAUGCUCGGAGGCUAUUAUUUCGUGCGUUCAUGCGUCAAACGGGUGCUCAUGGAAGGGGAAGCGACGGUCAUUUACCCCCAAACAUAUCCCAUCCUGUCCCUAUGAAGCGAUAAAGGGAUUCUUAUCGCUUCACGAGUCCAAGAUGGCGGACCUUCGGGAAGAGAACCUCGGGUUGCGAAACAAGAUUGAUGCCUUGCAAGGCCAUCUACAGAAUGCGACUAGGGAUUUGCACGCAGCAAAAACAGCUCUCGGCCCUUGGUACACACAAUCUUUGGCACAUUCAAUUGUGGAGCGAUCUCCGCAUGUUCAGCAACGAGUGACCUCGUCAACUCCUCAUGUAACUGAAAGCACGGUUUCGUCCCCGGCACCAAGCACAUCAGCUGAUACGCCCGAUAUUUUUGCACCAUAUUUCCCAGAGGAUGAAUCAUUCUCGGCUCAGGCCUCCCCAGAGCAGCUCAGCAGUUUCAGCUGGAGACCCUUGCACGGCACCUCAUCUAACAUUAGCCAAGCCUGGGAUCCUGCAAGCCUCACGUCUCGGCCUGUUGCUCAGAACAACAUCGCACCGCUGGACCUCAGUACGACAUUAGAGGGCUCAUUAAGUGGCCUUCGGCAAUCAGUCGUUUCCUUAUCAGCCUCCAUGGACUCUUUCGGUCGUCGCAAUGAGAUUGCUUUGACCAACGAGGCGCUGAGAGUCAAUGAAGAAAUUCGGUCUCUAAGAGCCAAUAUACACGGCCUUAGAAUGCAGGUUCAUGCCAUUAUGAUGGACCGUAAUGCUCAAGUGACAGGCCGAAUGCAGGAAAUGCCGUCAGUCGACGGACCGUGGACUGCGUCUUCUCGCUUUAUUCCAGGAGGGCCUCCCGUACCGUCCAUCACCAAAUUGUAGCUUCAAAUCGUAUCAUAUUCGUUCAAUUAUCGUAGAUUUACUGUUCAUAUUACUAAUCUUUUGAUUUAGACUUACAAUAGCUCAGUGUAAACUUGAAUUUUGUAACAAUAAAUAAAAUAUCGCAUUGCCUAAAUACAUCUUUG